GGCGGCGGGAGGAGAUGCGCUGCUCGGGUGCGCCAGGUGUGACCGCGCUCGCUGUUAGGACGUGUUUAUUGCUGGGAGCCGCACGGGACGGGGAAGCGCUGAGCUCCGGUACGAAGCGUGCAGUUUGUAAGGGAGUUUUUAGGGUGUGCGCAUCUUUGGAGUGCUACGCUGUGAGUGGCGUUUCGGUAGGAAAGCUGCCUUCCUCUGUCCGCGCGUCAGCGGCUCCUGAAGAAGUUACCUUCGUUACCUUCCAGCGCUCCGCCUUUGCGGCGCGUGUGAGCGCCCGCCGCGCCCGGACGGGUUUGGCUGUUAUUCUCUAUUGGGUUUUCCGUUCUUCCUUUCGCUUUAAGAUCCCCCAGCCCUUUAUCCUGCCUCCGUUGCCAUGCCUGCCUCAGCUCGGUCUGUGUGUGAGAGGCCCCGACGCGGGGCGCGUUGGCCGCAGCUCAGCGCUUUGGGCUGCGGGUCGGCGGGGCGGCACAGAGGGUUCGUUGUUCUGCUGACCCCGCUCCUUCCGUGGGCCGGGGCUGCCAAGUCCCGAGCGGAACGGCAGCUUUUGUUUCAUCGGCGGUCGUUUGCUGUAUUCUGCCUUGAAUUCCUACUAGAAAAUAAACGCGUCAGCCCCGAUAUUUAAGAACUGAGCCGUGCGUCGCCGUUAGAAAGACCUUAUAGAUGCUUUCUACCCAUUACCGCUUUGGUAAACAGCUGCCAUCCGCAUCCCUUACGAUCACUGACUCGGUCUGUGUGAACGGAACGAGGGCAGCGGGAGCAGAGCAGCGUUUUCAGCAGGAAGGCUCUGAAACAUCUCUGAGUUCUGCAGACUGCUCAAAUCUGCUGAGGAUGGAGAGUUCAUUCCGGCUUCUUUCUUUGCGUGCAUUAUCGCUGUAUGUGAUAACAGUCUGAUAAGUUCUGCGUUUAUCUUUAAUGCACAUGUGUAAAUCUACGUCUGCAGAUGUAUAUAUAAACUAUGGAUGUACUUCUGCUUUUGAUUUGAGGAGUGAGAGGGAAAUUCCAUCAGCUCAUGAUUAAAGGAUAUAAUAUUUUACAGGCUGCUCCUAAGCGCGUUGUGUAAGCAAGCAAAUCCUAAGCAAAAUCCAUGCACAAUGAUUGGAUUGAAGGAGAUGAAGAAAAGAAUGUUUGACAUUGAAAUUUCAUUUCCAUGCACAUAUUGCUGCCGAAGAUGUGCGCUGCAUGUUUUUCAAGCGCUGCCUUGUGAUAUUCUGUAUAGAUCCAAACAGAAUAGAAAAAUCGGAAGCUAAUAAUGGCUUCCUUAUUGUGGGUUGGGUUUGUUUUUUUGUUGUUGUUGUUCUGUUCUUUAUUUAUCUUUUGUCUGUGCAAGUCUAAUGCUUCUAGCUCAUUCUUUCUUGUAACGGUAGUUCAGAAAGCAACUCUGCAUAUGGGAGGUUUCCACUGCUUGAAUAGUCCUUCUAUCUCUGCCCUGGCAGGGCCUUACACACAGCAGUGGCCACAGUGUAAAGAUGAAGAUAAAACUUACGUAAUCGUCAGUCAGUUGUGGCGAAUCGAUUGAGUACUGAUAUUGAUGCCAGUUCUUCCUCUUGCUGGUGACCGAGCGUGAGUGCUGCUGUUGUUUGUAUGUGUAUGGGUAAUACAAAGAGGUGGUGGUGGUGUGAGUCGCUGAUCCUCGGUCAGGCUGACUUCGAUGGGGCUGCAAAAGAUGUAAAAAAAUUGAAAACAAGACCAACUGAUGAAGAACUGAAGGAACUCUAUGGAUUCUACAAACAAGCUACUGUUGGAGAUAUUAAUAUUGAAUGUCCUGGAGUGUUAGAUGUGAAAGGCAAAGCCAAAUGGGAGGCAUGGAACCUGAAAAGAGGUAUAUCGAAGGAGGAUGCCAUGAAUGCCUAUAUUUCUAAAGCAAAAGCAAUGAUAGAAAAAUAUGGGAUUUAGAAUACUCGGACAUCACACUCUGAGUCUUCUCAGUGGUUAAUGAACUAACUCUGCAGAGGAAGACACAGUACUAACUGGUUAUUGUGUAAUAUAACAGUAAGAUAGUUCAUGUGUGAGCCACCACACUGCCAAAGGUGUUCACAUGCAUACUACAUUUUUAGACUGUAUCUUACUCUAAUUAAAUCUGAGCCUAUGAAAUAAAUGCUUCUGUAAGA